AUGCGCCUCAGCCUCGUCGCCCUCGUCGUCGCCACCGUCUGCGCCGCCGCCUCCCACUCCCACCACCAGGUCGAGCGGCGCGCAGGCCGUCGGCCACAGCUCACCGUCGACACCAGCGUCGGCGGCGGCCGCCCCGUCGACGGGCGCACCGUCGACGAGAACGGCAUCUCGCCCGUCUCCCCCGGCUCGCUGGGCGACGAGCCCGUCUCCCCCAUCCAGCGGCCCAACUACAAGGUCCACCGGAAGCUGAAGCAGAAGAGCGCCAGCAAGAGAUACAAGGGCAAAUGCAACCCGGCCAGCAACACGUGCACGUUUGCCAUGCCGCAGCUUCGCGUUACCGCCGACGGGUCCCCGCUGUACGUCAUUGACCGCACCAUGCGGGGCUGCUCCGGCGAACCGUGCCCCGCGGCGAACGCGCCGUGCUGGUAUAACCCGCGGCGACAGGUUGCCACCUGCGUCGAGGAGCGCGCAAACAGCCCGGCAAGGACUUUCAAGCACGCAGGGAAACGCCAGGCCUAG